AUGGGCCGGACCCGUUUUCGUUAGUGGCGUUCGAUGCGGGGCCUACAAAACGACUUUAAACAUUAAUUAAAACACAAACGGAUGUGUUAUUGCAUCUCGAAAAUAGAAUGGAAAAACACAAAUUUAUGGCAAUAAAAUGUGAUACGAUGACAGCCACGCAUACUUUAUUGUUUUUGUUCUGGGUUAUGGUAAAGUGGGGUUUGGAAAAGUUGAAAAAAUAGUGAAGGCAAGGCCAGGGCAAGGUCAGGGCAAGGCCAGGACAAGGCCAGGACAAGGCCAGGACAAGGCCAGGGCAAGGCCAGGGCAAGGCCAGGGCAAGGCCAGGGCAAGGCCAGGGCAAGGCCAGGGCAAGGCCAGGGCAAGGCCAGGGCAAGGCCAGGGCAAGGCCAGGGCAAGGCCAGGGCAAGGCCAGGGCAAGGCCAGGGCAAGGCCAGGGCAAGGCCAGGGCAAGGCCAGGGCAAGGCCAGGGCAAGGCCAGGGCAAGGCCAGGGCAAGGCCAGGGCAAGGCCAGGGCAAGGCCAGGGCAAGGCCAGGGCAAGGCCAGGGCAAGGCCAGGGCAAGGCCAGGGCAAGGCCAGGGCAAGGCCAGGGCAAGGCCAGGGCAAGGCCAGGGCAAGGCCAGGGCAAGGCCAGGGCAAGGCCAGGGCAAGGCCAGGGCAAGGCCAGGGCAAGGCCAGGGCAAGGCCAGGGCGAGGCCAGGGCAAGGCCUGGGCCAGGAAAAGGCCAGGGCCAGGAAAAGGCCAGGGCAAGGCCUGGGCCAGGAAAAGGCCAGGGCCAGGAAAAGCCCAGGGCCAGGAAAAGGCCAGGGCAAGGCCAGGACAAGGCCAGGGCAAGGCCAGAACAAGGCCAAGGCAUGGGCAUGGCCAAGGCAAGGUUACGACAAGAAAAGGCAGGGUAUUUCUUCCUCCCCCCUAUCAUUAAAAUACGUCAUAUUACAAUGA